AUGUCUGAACUCCCGCCAAACCCCAACCCUCUUCGCAUAGGAGUAGUCCUAUUCCCAGGAUUCCAAGCCCUAGACGUCUUCGGCCCAGUGGACUGUCUAAAUGUCCUCUCAUGGAGCCACAACCUAACAUUGUCCCUCCUAUCCUCAACCCUGGACCCGGUAACAACAAAAGCACCAAUAUCCCCCGUCGCCCUCGGCCAAAGCCUAGUCCCGACACACACAUUCGCAACAGCCCCAACUCUCGACCUCCUCCUCGUCCCAGGCGGUCUAGGCACGCGCAUCCCGUGCCCAGAAAUUUCAGAUGCAAUCGCCUAUAUCCGUGCUACAUAUCCCAGCUUGAAAUACCUGGUUACGGUAUGUACGGGCUCGAUUCUUGCUUCGCGGGCUGGGGUUUUGGAUGGGAAGAGGGCUACGACUAAUAAGAUGGCUUGGGCCACUACGGUGGCUUAUCCGGGUGUUCGGGUUAGUGCUGGAAUUGAUGUUACUUUUGCUUGGAUUGGGGAUGUUUAUGGGGAGGAGGUGGCGAGGCGGAAUGCUAAUGGGAUGGAGUAUACUCCUCAUGAGGAUUCUCGGUUUGAUCCUUUUGCUGAAUUAUAUGGACUUUGA